UAAACCCACUAAAGAAAGAAAGAAAGAGCUCGCGUGUGAUGUGUUUGUGUAUCCUCAGUGUUUUUUUCUCUUGAGUGUUUUAUUAAUUGCAAACAGAGUCUUGUCUCUGUGUAUUUUAGUGUUGACGAGGAUGGAUGUGAUAUGCUGUAAAUCAGUAGGAACUGAUCUGUCCAUGCUGGAUAUUGAUGAUUUCAUCACAGAAAUCUCUCAGCUGAAGAAAGAGGUGGCGUUACUGGAGACAAAGCUGAGGUUAAGAGGAGAUGAAGGACUGAAGAGAGAGGACUCCGAGCUCAGUCUGACUUUACUCUGUUAUACUGAGUCAAAGCACACAGACGCUCAGGACACUACAGUGUGUGACAGUAAUCAGGACUUACAGGAUGAUGAAUCUACUGAUCAAACCUCCACAGAGUCUCUGGAUUCUGUCUGUAACGCUGGAGAACAGCAGCAGAUCCUGCAGACCAAACCCAAGAUGUCUUCAGACAAACACAUCGACUGUAGGAACCUCACGAUGGAUAUAAAAUCUGAACCCACAGCAAUAAAAACUGAACCCACAGCAGAUGAAUAUGAAGACAAACACAAUGAUUAUCAGGAUUUAAUUCUGUCAACUAUAAAAACGGGACUGACAGCUGUCUUCAGUCUCUGUGUGAUAGAGAAAGAUGUGAAGAGUGAUUUAUGUUUGGAUGGAGAAAUAACGUCCUCGACUCUUUCCUGCAUCACCGGUGGAGAGACAUUGAGCUCACAGAGACAUUUAGAGAAACAUGAGAGAAAACACACAAAAGAUGAACUCUUCACCUGCAAGAGAUGUAAGAUCAGCUUUACUACAUUACAAGAGAAGGAACUUCAUUUACAAGAGCACAAAGAGAAGAAGAUAAAGUUUCACUGUCAGCAGUGUGGGAAGGAUUUUGGCUUCUUCUCUCAUCUGAAACGUCACAUAAGGAAACACAGUGGUGAAAAGCCUUUCCACUGCACUGAUUGUGGCAAAAAUUUCCGCAGCAAAAGAAAUCUUGUUAUUCAUAAGAGAAUUCACACAGGAGAAAAACCAUACGAGUGUCCUCACUGUGAGAAGAGAUUCAACCACAAACCUCAUCUGAAGAGUCAUGUGCGUAUACACACCAAUGAGAGACCGUAUCCGUGCAGUCAAUGUGACAAAGCCUUUAGGGAAUCAUGGUCAUUAAAAGCACACCAGACUAUUCACUCUGAAGAAAAACACUAUCAAUGUUCACACUGUGAUAAACGUUUCUGUCAGAAAUUGUAUCUGAUACGCCAUGAGAGAGUUCACACUCGACAGCAACCUUGUAUAUGCUCGAUCUGUGGAAAGAGAUUUGUUUAUUCUGGAAGUCUUCAGAAUCAUCAGAAGAAACAUACUGAAGUCAUCGUAGUGUCUUAAAGUCUUUACACGCUGGCUGUGUAUAUUUGGUGUGAAUGUUCGAUGCUAUAGCGGGCUAGAACAAAAACAAUUUAUUAUUGAAAAGAAAGCGUUCAGUUGUCUCUGACGGUCAUCAAUAUGGUAGAAUGAGGAUGGGCAUCACACCUAACUGGAAUUGAACCUGUCUGUCUCAGAUGUCCUCAGAGAGCCGAGGGUGAGAAAGGGAAAAAGAAACAAGAUGCUAGUAGUGUAGACGCCGCUCACAUGUAAUGUUAAAGUGAUCCAGUCAUACAGUAGAUAUGUGCUCGAUUCUGUUGAAUUAGGUGAAUGUUUGAUUAAAUUACGAGUUUAUUUAAGCAGACUUUCAAAGUGACCGACAGACAUCCUGAUAUGAAUACGAUCAUGACAUCCUGUUCUUCAUUGCUGAAGAUUUGGGUGUAACCAAAACACUAAAAAUCAGCUCAUCCUCAAUGCUACAUUAAAUGCAAUGUAAAAUGCAUCUGCUGAAUACAUAAACACAAUAAAGGGACUAAAUGUUUCAUUUGAUAGAUCUGAGUAGAAACAUACAUUUGUGUUUUUUAUAUAUCGCUAAUUCAAUUAUAUAAUUCAUGUAUUUGAUCAUUUUAUCAUUCACUUCAUUAUUUUUACCUAAGAUUAUUCAAUAAAGCAUCUUUAUUGAAUCUA